AUGCUUCAAAGUGGAUGGUCUCUUUUCUGUGGUUAUCUUCAGAAUGUUUGUGUCUGUUUGACACUUCUUCUCAACUCUUUCAUGAUCUAUUUGAUUGUGGAAAAGUCACCGAAAAAGAUUGGAAAAUACAAGUAUUUGAUGCUUUACAUUUCCAUUUUUGAAAUUUUCUACGCUCUCUUGGCUACUGUAACUAAACCAUUUGUCCACUCGUACGCUUCUCGAGUUAUCGUCAUUGUUGAUGCCAAAAACUCUUGGUUCGGUCGAGAUUUCACAAAAGUUCUGAACAGUUGCAUUUGUGGAUUCUAUGGUUGUUCUGUUACUAUUCUGGCUAUUCACUUCAUGUACAGAUAUGGAUCAUUGGAUAAAGCCCGGCGAACCCACUUUGAAGGCUGGAAAUUUCUAAUGUGGUGUCUUGUUCCAAUAUUCUACGGUAUUAUUUGGGGUCUCGCUAUAUUUUUCAUAUUCCCAGAAGACAAGGGAUUCACAGAAUAUAUCCGAAAAGACAUUUGGGACUAUUUCGAACUGAAAGUGGAAGACAUUGUUUAUACUGGACCGUAUUAUUACCCAGAAGACAAGAAUGGACUAGGAGAUAUUGAGCCAUUGGCUUGUUUUGGAAUGUUUGUAUUGUGGUUUGUUAUUGGAUCAUCUUCAGUAGUUGUCAUCUAUUACGGAUUCAGGUGUUACAUAACCAUGAAGAAGUUAUUAAGUCAUUCCACUUCCCGUUUCACACAAGGACUACAACAUCAGUUAUUCAAAGCAUUGGUUUGGCAGUAUGUUCACUCUUACACUUCUCGAGUUAUUGUCAUUGUGGAUGUCAAGAAUUCAAUUUUUAGCAGACCAGUGAAUAAGAUUCUCAACAGCUUGAUUUGUGGGUUUUACGGUUGCUCUGUAUCCAUUUUCGCGAUACAUUUCAUGUACCGUUAUGGUGCUUUGGACAGAAGAGAUAUCUGGGAUUUAUUCGAGUUACCUGUUGAAGAUAUAGUAUACACUGGUUCUUACUACUAUCCAGAAGAUAAGAAUGGAGUUCAAUCGAUGAAUUUGAGGGCAGCUGGGGGAAUGGCUGUUCUUUGGUUUGUCAUUGGAUCAUCAACUUUCACUGUGAUAUAUUUUGGACUCAGUUGCUAUAUCAAAAUCAGAAAAAUUAUGAAGAAAACGGAAGGAAACUUUUCGAAAAGUCUUCAGAGACAGUUAUUUCGAGCAUUAGUAAUUCAAGCAGCUAUUCCUCUUCUCCUUCUUUAUAUUCCUUGUUCUAUUGUAUUUGUGUGCCCUUUAAUUCAAAUUGAUCUGGGCAACAUGAGUGCAUUUAUAAGUGUUUCUGUGGCUAUAUAUCCAGCAAUCGAUCCAUUACCGACUCUGUUGAUUAUCAAGAACUAUCGGAAAGCUACAAUUGAAAUAUUUGUGAAAACUGUGAAAUUAUUGCGUGAAUCGCCUGCCUCUACUUCAUCUCUCAUUCAUCGGUCAUCGAAUGAGCCAUGCACUCCUGAGCAUCGAUUUUAA